GCCGCCCUGCUCGGCGCCAUGUGGGGGGGCGCGGAGGCGGAGGCGGGGGUCCCGCGCGCGGCCUCGGUGCUCUGUAACCUGUACCACGAGGCGGGGCAGCGGCUGCGGCGCCUGCAGGACCAGCUGGUCGCCCGCGACGCCCUCAUCGAGCGCCUCCGUGCCCGCCUGGCCGCGCAGGAGGCGGACACGGCGCCGUCACUGGUGGAUGCUCUGCUGGAGCAGGUGGCGCGCUACCGGGAGCAGCUGCGGGGGCAGGAGGGCGGUGACGGCGAGGAGGUGGCUGCGCUGCGCCAGGAGAUCAAGAGGCUGAAUGAGCGGCUGGAGGAGAAGGAGAGGAAGACGCAGGCGCUGAGGGAGCCACUGUGCGCCAGGGAGGAGGAGCGAGCUCUGCAGGCGCGUGCCUGGGCCACCAGUGACGUGCUGUGCCGCUCCCUGGCCAGCGAGGCCCACCAGCUUCGGAGGACGCUGGCUGCCACCGCCCACAUGUGCCAGCAGCUGGCCCAGUGUCUGGAGGAGAGGCAGCGGGAAGGCAGGGGCGCAGAGACCCCCAAAGAGCCAGAGCACACCAGCAGGGACGCUGCUAUCCAGGCCGAGGUUGAGCAGUUACGGGAAGAAAACCGGCAGUUGAAGGCGAAGAUCACUUACGUGGAGGACCUUAACGCCAAGUGGCAGCGGUAUGAUGCCAGCCGGGACGAGUAUGUGCAGGGGCUGCGGGCUCAGCUUCGGGGGCUGCAGACCCUGCGCCAGCCCGAGGGGCCCUCUCCAGCCGGGCUCCUGAAAAAGGAGAUUUCUAGGCUCAACCGUCAGCUGGAAGAGACGCUCGGCGACUGUGCGGCGGCCCGGCGGGAGCUGGCAGGUGCUCAGGAGGCCCGGGAUGCUGCGCUGGAGCGGGUACAGAUGCUGGAACAGCAGAUCCUCGUGUACAAGGAUGACUUCUCAUCAGAGCGGGCGGACCGGGAGCGAGCUCAGAGCAGGUUCCAGGAGCUCUGGGACAUGGUGGCCUGCCUGCAGCGCCAGGUGCCCAGGACACAGGACCCCUGGGAGCCAGGCCGGACUCACCUUGGGAGCAGUGCUUCUAAGUACUUGGGGACGGACGCCCUGGAGCCGGCAGUGCCCAGGGACCAGAGGCCGAGUUACUCCCGGCUGGAGCCCCCUGCAGAGGGUGGGUGCCCUGUCACAGACCCCAGGGGCCAGGGGGACCUUCAGUGCCCCCACUGCCAACAGCACUUCAGCGACGAGCAGGGCGAGGAGCUGCUCAGGCACAUGGUCGAGUGCUGCCAGUGAGCCCACCUGUGCCUGCUCUCCGUCCUCCAGGCCAGCCACACCUGUGUCUGUGCCCUCUGUCCUCCAGGCCCGCCAUGCCUGUGCUCACACCCUCCGUCCUCCAGGCGGGCCGUGCCUGUGCCCGAUCUUCGUCCUCCAGGCCAGCAACUCCUGUGCCCACGCGCCCUGUGUGCCUGUGCACCCUCCAAAUCCUCUAGGCCACCCCUACCUGUGCCUGCUUGCCCUCCACGUACUCAUGCGCCCUCCAGGCCACCCCCACCUGUGUUGGCUGAGCAUGGCCGCCCUGUGCAGUGUGGGUGUGUUCAGCAUACAAUGGAUGGCGCUCCAUCAAGACCUGAGUCUUGACCAGAAGUGGGGCCGGGACUCCUGGAACUGGCCAGUUCUGGGGAAGCUGCCCACGGUGUGAAGGUGGGAAGCAGUCCCCAGCCUCAGUCUCUUGCAGUUAGGGGGCUGGAUUGAGUUUGUGCCUGGGAACUGUGGGGCAGGACCAUGAGCCACCCUGUGUGACAGCCCUACCCCACGGACAUGCAAGGUCCCAGAGUGGAGGCCCAGCCUGUCUGCAGGACACAUGGGGACAUGGGAGCAGGUGGGACAGCCUUGGCCACCUCGUCUGUGCUAAGAGUGCUACAGGCAGGUGUGCCUGCCAUAUGUCCAAAAGUUAAAGCACGUUUAUGCCCCUUCACUUUUGUAAUAAAACAUCCUCGUCAUGUGACUGGGCUGCAGAGGCCGCAGUAUUUUCCCUGGGAACAGGGCUCGCCCACCUGCCCAGGAGGCCGUGACAGGCAAUGUGGGCCACCAGCCUUGCCUUCGGGUGGCAUGGAUGGACUGCCUGGGCAUUUGGGGCAGAGGACUUGGUAUUUAGGCUUUUUGCUAUUAUCAACCAAUGGAGCCAGCAAACUCCUUAUCUCAUGACCUUCACUCCAGGCAGUUUAAAAAAAUUUGGGGACAGUUGAACAUAGGUUCACCUUGUAAGUGGUCCUGGACUUUGGGAAACCAUAUCAGAAACUGCAUCUGGAGGGUCAUGGGCUGGUGCAGGGUUAGGAUGCAGCUAUUGGAACGGGGACCAGGUGUCAGCCCAGGAUCCCAGGGCUGGCCUGUGUCCAUCCCAGCCGGGCCAUGAAGGGAAGAUAGGGAGGAGAACAGUGCUUCUCAGCUUCUGAGGGACCUGAGUGUCCAAUGGCCUGAUGGUGAGCUCAUGCCCCCUCCCCCAUUUGCUCCAGAUCAUGGUCCAUCCCUCCCUGGCACUCGCUGGUGCUAGCUCAAGGUGACAUCCUAGUGAUGACAUUCCAUCCUACAGUGUCAGCAGGAGUCACUGUCCACAUCAUUAGGAUGACAGCAGAAGCAUGGGGAGGCUGCGGCUUUUGAGGUCCCCAAGACUGUGGGGCAGAUGCUGCUGGGGAGGGGCAGUUCUACUUGGCUGAGGUUGGGGACUCUAGGCCAUCUGGUUGGAGACCCCCAUGGUGGCUGGCACAGUGGAAAAAUUCUUGCAUUGUUUUAAGGUGGACUGUAAUGAAUUAAGGAAACAUUGCAAUCUGUAGGGUAACCACUAAAGCAAUAAUAAAAAUAUUUAAUUAAAAACCUAAUAGUAAAAAUAUUUAAUGAUAUACAUUUUUUAUUAAUCCAAAGCAAGGCGAGGUAGGAGAAAUAAAGGAAUAAAGAAGAGAUGAGACAAAGAGAAAAGAAAUGGCAAGAUGGUAGACAAACCCAACUAUAUCAGUAAUUACAUUAAAUAUAAAUGGACCAAACACUCCAAUAUAAAGACAGAGAUUGUCAGCUUGGGUAAAAACAAAAAAGACCCAACUAUAUACUCAUUCAAAAGAUGCACUUUAAAUAUAUAAGGACACAGGAUGGAAAUGAUGAAAAAAAUACAGUCCAUGCCAACACUAACCAAGAAAAUGGGAGUGGGUACAUGAUUAUCAGGCAGAAUGGACUUCAAGAAAAAAUAUUACUAGCAAUAAGAUACCGCAUAACAGUAAGAAGGUAAACUUACCAGGAAUAUAUAACAUUCCUAAAUUUGUAUAGAGCUGAUAAUACUGCUUAAAGCAAAAGGAGAAAUAAAGUGUACGACUGGAGAUUUUAACAUACUUCUCUCAGUAACAGAAGAAGCAGGAAAAAAUUCAGUAAGGAUAUAGAGAACUUAAACAAAAUAAUUAACGGAGGUGGCAGAGUAGUCAGAUGCCUCUGGUGAACCCUCUUACAACAAAGACCUGAAAAAACAACUAAAAUGAUUAUAUUUACGACAAGCUAGGAGCCCUGCACAUCAAAGGCAAAGUUAGAAAAUGGACUGAGCAGCAGGGGGAAGGAGAGACAGUUCAGAAGUGGAUAGGAGUUGCUGGACCUGAAUCACCAUGAACCCUCAGGCACCAUUCCCAGGAGUCGCUGCAGUGGGCUGGUGGUAGCAUUCGGGCACAGUUUCUUCAGGGAGAAAUAGCCAGCCACACAGCCUACUCACAACUCUAGAACCAGAGAAGAACAGCGCUCGGCAAAAGCUAAGAACUUGCAUAUAUUUCACUGUGCCCCCAGCCCCAAGCUGGCUUCAGUGGCUGUCGAUUUCCCUGGGCCUGAGAUAGGUGCUGCUGCUUGUCCUGAGCCAUUCUCCCAGCCUUGAAGAAGGAACAAAUUCACAAUUGGGGAAAAAGAUAAUCUGCUGGCUCCACUAACCUAGGGAGCUCAGGACAAGGAGCGCCUGUCCAAGGAUGGACAGACCAUGGACUUUGAGUAUCUUUCCCCCCUCCAUGGACCUGUGUGGGCCUAUUUCAGGAGAAUAGGCCCUUGUUGGCAGACUGCAACUAUUUCAGCUGUGCGGUGGAGAGGUGUUUGAUGUUUGAUACCGCUUUGCCUAUUAAACAGGGCCCUCACCUACCCACAUCAGGGGCCUAAGUACUGGUGGCUCCACUCAGGUCACCCAGCCACCUGUGAUGGGGCCCAAGGAUAACUGGUACUUCCCAGUCCUUACAACCAAAAGCACUGGGUGCCCAUGGCCCGCCUGCAGAACGCACCCAUCUGUGUGCUCUAGGGAACAGGGACACACUUUCCUCACAGACACUCAGGGGAUGGUUGUCAGCCCCCCUGCCCCUCUAAUACUGUAGGACAGAGCCUGCACCACACACUUGAUGACGAACUACCUGGACACCUGAGCUGAAUCCAUACAAGAAAAGUGAAUGGACUCCUAGGGUGAUAUACCUGAUAACAGUUCUAGCCAUCUGGUGACGGGGUUAGAGCUUCAAAAGAAAAUUAUCAACCUAGCUCACUCAAGCAACCUAUUUGGGCAUAUCAAAACAAAACAAAGCAAGAAGCUAGGAUACAGUAAGUACACAUAAAAUAAUACAAUAACUUAUAGAUGGCUCAGAGACAAGAGUCAAUAUCAAAUCACAUAAAGAAACAGACCAUGAUUGCUUCAACAAACUCUCAAAACAAAGAAUCAAGGGAUCGUCUGGAUGAAGGUGCUUUCCUGGAAUUACUGGAUGCAGAAUACAAAAGAUUAAUAUACAGAACUCUUCGAGACAUCAGGAACGAGAUCAGGAAGGAGAUCAGGCAAUACGCAGAACAAGCCAAGGACCACAUGGAUAAAGCAGUUGAAGAAACUAAAAAGGUUAUUCAAAAACAAAAUGAAAAAUUUAAUAAGCUGCAAGAAUCCAUAGAGAAAUAGCAAUAAAAAAUUCAGAAGAUUUAACAAUAAAAUUACAGAAUUAGACAACUCAGUAGAAAGUCAGAGGAGCAGAAUUGAGCAAGUGGAAGGCAGAAUUGGUGAGAUUGAAGAUAGAGCACUUGGCACCAGUACAUUUGAAGAAAAAUCAGAUAAAAGAAUUUAAAAAAAUGAAGAAAACCUAAGAAUCAUGUGGGAUUCCAUCAAGUGAAAUAACCUACGACUGAUUGGAGUCCCAGAGCAGGGAGGGAUUACAGAGAAUUGUUGAAGAUUUGUUGGGAGAAAACUUCCCUGAUACCGUGAAAGAUGAAAAGAUAUCUAUCCAACGUGCUCAUCAAACUCCACAUAAGGUAGAUUUUAAAAGAAAGUCACCAAGACAUAUUAUAAUCAAACUUGCCAAAACCAAAGAUAGAGAAUUUUAAGAGCAACUAGGGAUAAACGAAAAGUCACCUACAAAGGACAGUCAAUAAGAAUAAGCUCGGACUACUCAGCAGAAACCAUGCAGGCAAGAAGGCAAUGGGAUGACUUAUAUAAAAACAUUGAAGGAAAAAAAUUGCCAGCCAAGAAUCAUAUAUUCAGCAAAACUGUCUCUCAAAUAUGAAGGCAAAACUAGGACAUUUCUAGAUAAACAGAAGUUUAGGGAAUUCGUAAAAACCAAACCAAAACUACAAGAAAUAAUAAAGGGAGUUCUCAAUAAUAUCAGAUAUCAACCUAAGACUAGAACACUGGACAGAGCAAUCAGAUGUCAACCCAGACAAGGAAAUCACAAAAAUAAAAUAAGACAAAGUUGAAAACAGGGAAACAGAGAUGGUAUGUAAAAGAAGACAACAUUAAAAUAAUAAAGAGGGACUAAGAAAUGUAGUCAUAGGUCUUGAAUAUCGAAAGAAAGACAAGGUGAUAUAAAGAAAUAAAAGUUAGGUUUAAACUUAGAAAAAUAGCAGUAAAUAUUAAGGUAACUACGAAGGAGACUAACAAUCCUACUCAUCAAAACAAAAUACAAGAAAAAAAUUGAGACUCAGCAGAAACAAAAACAACGAAUAAGAGGAAAAGACAAUAUAUAAACAAAGUACUCAGCGCAAAAAAUUAAGUGGGAAAAGGAAACUGUAAACAACACACAAAAAAAGACAUCAAAAUGACAGCAACAUACCUAUCCAUAAUUACACUGAAUGUAAAUGGACUAAAUGGACCAAGAAAGAGAAAGAGAGUCUCAGACUGGAUAAAAAAACACGAUCUGUCUAUAUGCUGCCUACAAGAGACACACCUUAGACUUAGAGACACAAACUAAAAUUCAAAAAAAAAAUUCAAAGGAUGGAAAAAAAUAUAUCAAGCAAACAACAAUCGAAAAAGAACAGGAGUGGCAACACUAAUUGCUGACAAAAUAUAUUUUUGAGUUAAAUCCAUGACAGUGCUCAGAGAUCAAUUUAUAUUAAUAAAUGCACACAUCCAAAGAGAAGAAAGGGCCAAAAUCAAAGAACUAUCCCUACAACUUGAUCAAAUAGAGAGCAACAAAAGAAACCCUCAGGCACCAGAAGAAAGCAAAUAAUAAAAAAGAGCUGAAUUAAAUGAAAUAGAGAACAGCUAUACAAUUGAAAGAGUUAACAAAACCGAAAGCUGGUUUGCUGAAAAAAUUAACAAAAUUGAUAAACCACUGGCCAAACUGACAAAAGAAAAACAGGAGGGGAAGCAAAUAACCCAAAUAAGAAAUCAGAUGGGCGAUAUUACAACAGACCCAAAUGAAAAUGAAAAGAAUCAUAUCGGGUUACCACGAAAAAUUCUACUCUAACAAAUUUGAAAACCUAGAAGAAAUGGAUGGAUUUCUAGAAACACACUACCUACCUAAACUAAUGCAAACAGAGGUAGAACAACUAAAUAAACCCAUAACAAAAGAAGAGAGUGAAAAAGUAAUUAAAAAACUCCCAACAAAAAGAAAGCCGUGGCCCAGACAGCUUCACCACAGAGUUCUCCCAAACUUUCAGAGAAGAGUUAACACCACUACUACUAAAGGUAUUUCAGAGCAUAGAAAAGGACGGUAUAUUCCCAAACUCAUUCUGUGAAGCCAGCAUAUCCAUAAUACCAAAUCCAGAUAAAGACACCACAAAAAAAAGAAAAUUAGAGACCUAUAUCCCUCAUGAACUUAGAUGCAGAAAUCCUCAACAAAAGUUUAGCCAAUAGAAUUCAACAACAUAUCAAAAAAAUAAUUCACCAUGACCAGUUGGAUUCAUACCAGGUAUGCAAGGAUGGUUCAACAUUAGAAAAACAAUUAAUGUAAUCCAUCAUAUAAAUACAACAAAAGACAAGAACCACAUGAUCUUAUCAAUUGAUGCAGAAAAGGCAUUUGAGAAAGUUCAACACCAAUUCAUGAUAAAAAACUCUCAGCACAAUAGGAGUAGAAGGAAAAUUCCUCAGCAUAAUAAAGGGCAUUUAUACAAAGCCACAACAUCAUCCUAAAUGGAGAGCGUCUGAAAGCAUUCCCGUUGAGAUCAGGAACCAGACAAAGAUGCCCUUUAUCACCACUCUUAUUCAACGUUGUGCUGGAGGUCCUAGCCAGAGCAAUUAGGCUAGAUAAAGAAAUAAAGGGCAUCCAGAUUGGCAAGGAAGAAGUCAAAGUAUCUCUAUUUCCAGAUGACAUGAUCUUAUACACAGAAAACCCCAAGGAAUCCUCCAGAAAACUACUGAAACUAAUAGAAGAGUUCAGCAGAGUAUAAGGAUACAAGAUAAACAUACAAAGAUCAGUUGGAUUCCUCAACACCAACAAAAAGAACAUCGAAGAGGAAAUCACCAAAUCAAUACCAUUUACAGUAGCCUCCAAGAACAUAA